CCUACAUACCACCAUGCACUGCAAAUUACAACAGCCUCUUCCGAAAUGUUCAUUGUACGCCAAGACCUUUAAGAAGACACAAAUACCCAUUUACGAUGCAUUCGGACCAUUUCCCGAUGAGCCUUUAAUGACCAGUAUAGAUCGAGUUUUAUUUUUGUUUGGCGCAAGAAAAGUACAGAAAUAUUUCAAUUCAGAAUGUCCCUGUGACAGCAGUGAUUGUUGCUCGGUGGUGAAACAAUUGGAAUAUGGUAAAGAACAUAAGCCGCAUCAAAAUUGUGAAAGUGAGAAAUGUUUUGUUAGAAAUACACCAACAUACAGUGUGCUACAAAAAUGUCAAAAUUGCAAAUGUGAUGUGAGCUCAAAUAAAUCUUUACAUUUUCGAGAAUCAUCACUUAGUCGGCGUUCAAUAACACCCAGAAUAAGUAUUAAAGAAAAUUCAUGCAGGCAGGAAAGAGGACAAAUUGCCAUACCUUUGCGAGCUUUGAAAAAAUCAUUUUCCUUGUGCUCUUUGGCCUGUCGCAAACUUAAAGAGAAGUUAUCACUUGCUGUGCCCUCAUCACUGCCAUCACACAUUAUUUCACCACAAUGGUUGUGGACUAAAGUGGAAAGUUAUGCUGAUGGUUGUCAGGUGUAUGAAAUAUUUAAAAAUUCCAGCACUACAACGCAUCCGACCAAAUUUGACACUUGUAAAGCUGCUAAAAUUAUAUUCGUAAUAUUACCCACCGGCAUAAUAAUGCCGUUUGAGACCUUGCCGCGUCAUUGA